AUGCGGACCUACACCCUGCACCAAGCCAAUUCCCCAUCCAACCCUGUCCUCCACGGAACACCCCAGAAGGAGCCUGAACCCUCUUCCAACAUCCGCCACUGCCUGUCUGCAACUUCAAGUGUCCCAGAGGGGACCCAGCUCGCCUUGAAGAUGCUGCCCACACCCACCCUCCAGACCAGUUCUGGGGACAGAGGGCAGAGCUCUGUCCACUCGCUCCCAUAUCGGCUGCGCAUUGGCACCUGCAGGAUCCUUCUGAUCCCUUCUGCAGAGAAGGGAGCUGAUUCCUAUGUGCUGUCUGAAAGGAGCUUUGAGCGGACCUAUAACUGUAAGCUUUUGAGCCACAUGGAUCCUGCAGAAGAUGAGCCAGGGGUGCUAGACGCAGUGGCGAGGUUUGGAAAUCUGCAGACCAAAAUCGCCGGCCGCAGUGUGCCUUCGCCCGCCCCUGGAGGCAGUCCGCGGGACCGCAGGCUGGAGGCGCGCCGGCGUGAUUCCGACCGCGGGAGCCGGGAGGAGGAGCCGGAGGAGGCUGCGGGGGGCUCCGGCCCAGGCGAAGGAAGGGCAAGAGGCUGUUCGGACCGGGGGCGGCGCCGGGAGGCAUCCCCAUCCUCCGGCAGAACAGCUGCGAAUCGCCAAGUUGACCCCUCAUCCCUUCGCCGAGAGGAGAGGGUGUCUCAGGACCCAGGGAUGGGCGGGAAGAAACCAUGGGGAGCCACAAGUCUGCACCCAGGCGGGGAAGAGGCGGGCGGGCGCCGCUCCGCAGGCGCAGAGCCUCCAACCCCAGGAGCCGAGCAUGCUGCCCCCGCGUGCAGCGCCCGCGUGCACCGGGCCGGGAGAGGGGGCGACAGGGCGGAGGCGGUGGCCCCCGGAAGGUGUCUGGGACCGGACCGGCUGCACGUGAGCCCAGCGCGAGGUCAUGUGCACCGGCUCAGCCCGGUUCGGCGCCCGGACGUGCUGCGUAUCAACAAAAUGAAACUCGGGGAGACAGGAGGGCAGAUAGCUCCAGGUUCUCAGAGCCCCCGCCCCGGCCGCUCGACCUCCCCACCGUAUCCAUCUCCCGCCGCAGCCCCUACGCCCGACCGGAGCCCGCGGGGCAAGUUGCAGCCCUGACGCGCCCCUGCCCGCCCGCGCCCCCUCGCCGGCCCGGGGGCGCUUUGCCGCAGUCAUUAAUAAAGAAGGUCGCCAAGCUCA